AUGUUGGAUGCUUUUGAGAUCCUCACUACUUCUGGAGUGGUACUAUGGUCGAAACAAUUUUCCCCCGUCAGCCCUGCGGUUAUUAACAGCCUUAUCACGAAUGUUUUCAUUGAAGAACGAACCUUACCCGGUGCCGGAGUUGCAGAUGAUAUUUCUGCUGCGAGUAAUCCUCCUUUCAAACAUGAUCAGCAUACUUUGAAAUGGACAACGUGCAAAGAAUUAGGCUUAAUAUUUGUGGUCGUGUACAGGUCAUUGCUACAUUUGUCAUGGAUUGACAAAUUGGUGGAUAAUGUCAAAACGAUUUUUGUGGACUUAUAUGGUGAUCAAUUGAGAAAACCACACACAACUGUUGUCGAAUGUGCUUUCGAUGAAUAUUUUGACCAACAAGUGCGGGAGUUGGAGAAGAGUGCUUUGAAUCAGGACGCUAGAGUUGCAGAGGCUUCUGCGUUCGAAGAGUCGAUUCCUUUGAUUUCUACGACUUCAGACAAUGAGCCUCCGCCAAUGCCUGGACUACCCUCGAGAGGACAAUCAAAGAAUAAUGUCAAAGAUAUCCCUUCCCCCGACUCGACCCCCCUCGGAACACCUAGUUCGCGACCGAGUACACCUGCGAGCCACAUAUUGAGCGCAAAAGCAGGACCGGGUGGAAAGGUUUCUCGAAGAGCUAGAAAGGCAGCCCAGACCCCUACGUAUGCUUCAUCCGGCGACGAAUCUCACAGAAAAAGUAGAAGUGUAAAAACCGGACCAAAGAAGGGAAGAAAAUGGGAUGCAGACGGAAUGGCAGAUGAGGAUAGCGAUACCCCCCUCGACUAUUCUGCGCCCGCAAACGGGGCGACUUCUGGGGAGGACGAAGGUCGUCCGGGCGCCGUGGAGGGAGUUGAACAAACCUCAUGGGGUUCAAAAACUGGAAAGGGGCAGUUCGUAUUGAAGGAUCUUGAAGACGAAGUCCAUUCGAUUUUAGAUUCCGCGAAUGCGAAGAAGGCGGAGUCUAGCGCCCCAGCAGCUGGCCUAGUGGGAUCCAGUUUCAGUGCUAUUGGAGGAUUAUUCAGAAAUGUAGUAGGAGGAAAGACUCUGACUAAGGAAGAUUUGGAUAAAGCCAUGAAGGGAAUGGAGGAUCAUUUAUUACGAAAGAACGUCGCAAGAGAAGCCGCGAUGAGAUUAUGCGAGGGUGUAGAACGGGAAUUAAUAGGAGUGAAGACUGGAAAUUUCGAGAGCGUUCAAACAAGAAUAGCAACAGCCAUGGAAGCAUCACUAAGAAAAAUUCUGACUCCUACCUCAUCCCUUGAUCUCCUUCGAGAAAUCGAUUCUAUUGUCUCGCCUCCAGCUUUGUCAUUGAAGAAAAAGAGGCCAUAUGUCAUGUCCAUUGUCGGAGUCAAUGGUGUUGGUAAAUCCACAAAUCUUUCCAAGAUCUGUUAUUUCCUUCUACAAAACAAGUACAAAGUCCUCGUUGUAGCUUGCGACACCUUCAGAUCCGGAGCCGUCGAACAAUUAGCCGUUCACGUACGAAAUUUGAAAGAACUUACCACCAGAGAAGGUGGCCAAGUAGAACUAUAUCAAAAGGGCUAUGGAAAAGACGCCGCAAACGUAGCCAAAGACUCCGUCUCCUUCGCUGCUCAAGAAGGCUAUGAUGUAGUUCUAAUCGACACAGCCGGACGACGUCACAACGAUCAACGACUCAUGUCCUCGCUCGAAAAAUUCGCUAAAUUCGCUCAACCGGAUAAGAUCCUAAUGGUAGGCGAAGCACUCGUUGGCACAGAUUCAGUCGCACAAGCAAGGAACUUUAAUGCAGCAUUUGGCCAAGGCAGAUCCCUAGAUGGUUUCAUUAUCAGCAAAUGUGAUACCGUGGGGGAUAUGGUGGGUACUCUGGUUAGCAUGGUGCAUGCUACGAAUGUACCGGUGCUGUUUGUGGGCGUCGGUCAGCAUUAUAGUGAUUUGAGGAAUUUGAGCGUUAAAUGGGCCGUGGAAAAAUUGAUGGCCGGGAAUUAAAUGGAUGAAGUGCUCCCCUGCUUUAACUCGUCAUUCUGGUACUUUUAAUAUUGCAUAUGCCUAAGCAUCGUCAGCUCGUGCAAAUACACAAAUCAAAGAUUCCCAUCUUAUCACGUGAAAAUCAGAUAUCCAACUCAAAUUUGAUUGAAAAUGCGAACGCUCAAUCAAUGAACCUCUCAUCUGAUCCUUCUCGAAGCCACAUUGUACGGAUGUAUCAGCUCUUAUUAAAUCAUUAUCUGAGACUAGAUAAUAGACAUAAGAAGAUCCUAUAUCUAACCUCCAUCUCUUGUCUUCUCUUCCUUCCUCCCAUUCUAUUCCUUCCUUUUCUUUUCUGCUAAAGUCAUCCAUCGAUCUCCGAACAGCCGGUUCCAAGGCUGUAAAUAAAACACCAAACACAGAACCCCCCCAAAAAACAAAUCUAGAACAUCACUCAGGGACCUAUCCAUCUCUAUCUGGACAAUAACAUUUUUAAUAAAUGGGUCUAUGGGAAAGGGGAAAGGUACUGCAAGAAAAUAUGUGUACUGAGUACACCUCCCUACCUAAUUGGUAUCGAAGGUGAACUUUGGACUGGAGGCUUGAAACUUUUUUCAAGGGGGUUAGCGAGAGGUAACCGAUUAGGUACUCGAGUAGACUCCUGUAGUGGGUACCUCAUACGAGAAUGGUCUCGUUGAAGUUUUCUGGGUUAUAGUGAUGGUAGUAUGAGUUGAGAUGUGGAAGUAGGUGGAAGUACGUAUUUAGACAGUAGAUAGAUGAAGAGAUAGCAAGAAAUAUAAUUGCCAUCGAAGUCCUGAAUAUUC